AUGGGCUUUCCUCCUUUCCUUCCAACUUAUUGCAGGCCGCUGGAUCUGCCCAGGGAGGCUCUCUUGGCAGCUGCGGAGAGGGACUUUGAGCUGCAGGGCCACAAGUUUGAAGCUGCACCAGAGCAGCUGCGGCAGCCACGCCUGGUCCGAGUGGGGCUGAUCCAGAACAAGAUUCCUCUGGCCACCGACGCACCAGUCGCCGACCAGGUAACCGCGCUGCACAGACGCAUACAAGAGAUUGUGGAAGUGGCUGAAGUAUGCGGAGUAAACGUGAUCUGUUUCCAAGAGGCUUGGACCAUGCCCUUCGCUUUCUGCACCCGGGAGAAACUGCCGUGGACUGAAUUUGCGGAAUCGGCAGAAGACGGACCCACCACGAGAUUCUGCCAGACGCUGGCUAAGAAACACAACCUGGUUGUGGUCUCUCCCAUCCUGGAAAGGGACGCCGCCCACGGAGGGACACUGUGGAAUUCAGCCGUGGUCAUUUCCAGCUCUGGCUGCGUGUUGGGGAAGAGCCGGAAGAAUCACAUCCCCCGGGUGGGCGACUUCAAUGAGUCGAGAUAUUAUCUGGAAGGGGACCGAGGACACCCAGUGUUUGAGACGCAGUUUGGGAGGAUCGCGGUGAAUAUUUGCUUUGGUCGCCAUCAUCCCCUCAACUGGCUCAUGUACAGUUUGAAUGGAGCAGAGAUCAUCUUCAACCCUUCGGCCACUAUUGGCAAACUCAGUGAAUCCAUGUGGCCCAUCGAGGCAAGAAAUGCCGCCAUUGCCAACCACUGCUUCACCUGUGCCAUCAACCGCGUGGGGACGGAACUUUUCCCACAUCCCUUUACAUCUGGAGAUGGAAAACCAGCCCAUCAUGACUUGGGGUAUUUUUAUGGCUCGAGUUACGUAGCCUCUCCAAAUGGAAGUCGGACCCCAGGACUGUCACGAACCCGAGACGGCCUGUUGGUGGCAGAGAUGGACCUGAAUCUUUGCAGACAAGUUAAUGAUGAGUGGAAUUUCAAGAUGACUGGAAGGUACAAGAUGUACGCUGAGGCACUUGCUGCCUUUGUCCAACCCAACUUCGUGCCCAACGUCAUCCGAGAGUGACGUCUCUCAGUGGAGGAGGCUCUUCUCCGGAUGUUCCCAUCUUUACAGGAAUGGCCUCUUCUUUCCAAACGGUCUCCUCUCUUAUAUUAAAAGCUCCCUUCUCAGAUGCAAAAGGCGUGUUGUAAAUGGGGCAUGGACUCUCUCCCAUUCGAUGGAAAUAUUUGGUCCCAUCCUGUCCUAAAAACAAUGAUAAAAUGCCUUUGAUGAAGGUGGGAUGCACCCAAGUCAGAAAGGCAGCUAUGAUAAAGAUCUGGUAGAUGAUGCCAAGGAGGGAGACCCUGAAGGGGGGAGGGAUGGAACCCAGAAGACAGGAAUCUGUUUCCACGCAGGAUCUCCAGAGAGAAGGGCAGAAAUUAAUGCUUCAUUGAGGCAACAAGCACAAAACACCGAGAACAGGAUGGAGAUGAUUACUAAUGAAAUAAUAUUU